GGAACUUUCAAUAAACCCUCAAUUAUCAACUUUUUAACCACUAUAAAACCAGACCUCUUUCACUAUCAUUAGCAUCAACCAAUCCUCUCUUCCCUUUCUCAUACCACAAACAAAGAGAAUGAAGAUUUAUUAUGUUGCGGUUGUGCUGUUAGUAGUAGCUUUGUGUAGUGGUUUGCCAUCUCUAGCCAAAGUUUAUACUGUUGGAGACUCUGCUGGUUGGUCACUCAAUGUUGAUUAUACUACUUGGACUAGUGAUAAAACAUUUAAAGUUGGAGAUAGCCUUGUGUUCAACUAUGGAAGCAGUCACUCGGUAGAUGAAGUGAGUUCAGACGAUUAUGGCAGUUGCAGCGCUGGAAACACGAUUGCGUCAUACACGUCUGGCCCCACCACCAUUCCCCUAAACACCACCGGUACACAUUAUUUCAUCUGUGGUGUCAUUGGACAUUGUAGUGGUGGGAUGAAACUUUCUGUCCCAGUCACUGGAGGUGGUGGUGGGACCACCACAUCUCCAUCUGGGACAGGUGGUUCUCCGCCCACUAAGCCUACUACUCCUACUGCACCUACAGGCACAUCCACUGGGAGUGUCGUAUCUCCCAUGGUAUCAAUUGUUUUUGGUUUCGUUUCGUUGGUGUUUAAGUUCGCUCUUUAUUGAGUUAUUUAGCCAGGACAGAGGCAGUGCCGUAUCUCUCACUUGUGUUCAGAUUUUUUCUUUAUAUAUAUAUGUUAUCGCAUGUGUUGGUCGAUCAGUAAAUAAUGUAUUAGCUUGAUAUGUUGGUCUAUUAGUUUUAUUUAUAUUGUUAACUUUUGUUGAGCUCAUAGACUUAUAUUUAUCUACACUUUGAAUCC